AUGGUCCUGGCCAAUCCUCCAUCUCUCUGCCUCCUGACUCCAACCCCAACUCAACCUCCUGACUCACCCGCCGCAGCCAACAAAACUCCUCAAACAACUGGCUAUGGCCCGCCCGGCUGCGCUGCCCCAGCCACCCAAUCACCGCCCCAAUGUCCGCGCCGUCGACCUGCAAUCCCACCAGUCGCCGCUGCCAUGCCCCCCGAAUGCCCACCCCCCAUGGCCCAUGCAGCAUCAUCGCCACCAUGGGGAUCAAAACCCCCCGGUACUGACACCGGCCGCCCGGCUCCCACCCGGCGCAUAUCGUCUGCGGCAUCCCACAGGAAAAACACCCGCUGA